UACAACAUCAUCCCACAUCUACAGACUGACAGCGCCUCUGGCCUCUACCAUGAAGGUCGCCAUCACAAUCGCUGUGGUCAUGCUGUCCAUCUGCUGCAGCUCAGCUUCUUCGGACAUCUGCCCAGGAUUUCUUCAAGUCCUUGAGGCCCUCUUUAUGGGAUCAGAGUCCAAUUAUGAGGCAUCCCUGAAGCCUUUCAACCCUAGCUCCGACCUGCAAAAUUCAGGAAUCCAGUUGAAGAAGCUGGUGGAUACCCUCCCGCAAGAGACCAGAACGAACAUCAAGAAGCUCACGGAGAAAAUCCUAACAAGUCCUCUGUGUAAGCAAGAUUUAAGAGUCUGAAGCUCACUGGAUUUCCGAGAUAUUCUACUGCUAAAGGCCCCUGUCAUUGCCCUGUGCCCCCUCAACCUCCCCACACCAACCCUGCCUUCCUCUUUGCAAUAAACUGCGAGCAUCUCA